GAAAACACCCGCAAAACCACAUCCCCAACCUAAAGACAAAACCAACCACCGCCACCACCACCACUUCCGCCGCCGCCUCCACCACCAUGUACAGGGACGUCUCCAGCUGCAACUCCUACAACUAUGGCGACGCUCUCUACUGGGACGCCCGCUACAUCCAGGAGGCUGGCUCCUUCGACUGGUACCAGCGCUACUCUGCUCUUCGCCCCUUUGUCCGCAGAUACAUCCCCACCUCGUCUCGCGUCCUUAUGGUUGGUUGUGGCAAUGCCGUUAUGUCAGAGGACAUGGUCAAGGAUGGGUAUGAAGAAAUAAUGAACAUUGACAUUUCAUCAGUUGCCAUUGAGAUGAUGAGAAGGAAACAUGAGCACAUCCAUCAACUGCAAUAUAUGCAAAUGGAUGUCAAGGAUAUGAGUUUCUUCCCAGAUGAAUCAUUCGAUUGCGUUAUUGACAAAGGAACUCUUGAUUCUUUAAUGUGUGGGACCGAUGCUCCAAUUAGUGCUUCUCGGAUGCUGGGGGAAGUGAGCAGGCUUCUUAAACCUGGAGGGAUCUAUAUGUUGAUAACCUAUGGUGAUCCAACAGUAAGGAUGCCUCAUUUGGGUCGACCAGUAUACAAUUGGAAAGUUGAAUUAUACGUCAUUCCCAGACCAGGAUUCCAAAAGCCAGCAGGUUCUACUUCGUCAGCAAAAUCAUACUUGGAACCGGUUCCUACCACUGAGAAAGGGCUACUUCUUCCAGGUUUUGUUUUGGAGGAUCCAGAUUCUCACUAUAUAUACAUCUGUGAAAAGAUGGAUGAAACAGCAGAGCUAGGCAACAUACCCGCCUAUCCAUUGACUUCUGAUGUUUUGUAGGAAUUAAUUCUAUGGAAGAGCCAAGGGAGUUGGUUCCUGCUCUGUUUCCAUGCCUUGGCAUUCACUGACCCUUUAUAUGUUUGUUGUUGUAUGUAGAACCCCCGUCUAGUCGACAGACAUUCUCGGAGUUAUCAGUGUCUAUUGACCAUGAUUCCAUUGUUA